AUGGGUCAAUUGCUUUCUCAUCCCUUGACGGAGAAGACCAUAGAAUAUAAUGAGUAUAAAAACAACCAGGCGUCAACUGGCAUUGUUCCACGAUUUUACAACUGUGUGGGGUCCAUGCAAGGCUAUCGUUUGACUCAAGAAGAUGCACAUCUAAUCAGAAAUGAAAACUCCAUUGUGUACGUACGAUUUUUCAACCCAUUCAUAGAUAAGUACGAAACGCUGUCGUUGAACGUCUUCGCAGUAUUCGAUGGCCACGGUGGAGAUGAUUGUUCCAAAUUUCUGAGCGGGGGCCGUCACCAUCGCGAUGGUAAUGGCAGUAGCAACGGUAAUGGCGACACCAAUGCUGGUUUGAUUAAAUGGAUUGCCUAUAGUUUUGAAAACCAUCAUUACACUUCUUCAACGAACAAUGACUCAUCAAAAUUUAAAAGAUCCUUCAAUACGUUGGAAGGACUCGUUUCUCAAGUUCUCAAGGACGCUUUCAUAUUGCAAGAUGAAGAGUUAUACCGACAUUUUUCCAACAGUUCGUGUGGAUCUACAGCAGUAGUAGCAUGUAUCAUAAACGAGGAAUCACUGUAUGUGGCUAACUGUGGUGAUUCUCGAUGUAUUCUUUCCUCUAAAUCCAAUGGCAUAAAGACGAUGUCUUUCGAUCAUAAGCCGCAACACAUAGGUGAAUUAAUACGUAUAAACGAUAAUGGUGGUACUGUCUCUCUUGGGAGAGUGGGUGGAGUACUGGCUCUCAGUAGAGCAUUUAGUGAUUUUCAAUUCAAAAGAGGUGUCACUUACCCACAUAGAAGGACGAAACUAACAAAUAUUACUCAGAAUUCAACUCACGGAACCCCACCACAAGAAGCACAGGUUACUGUUGAACCAGAUGUGCUGAUGCACAAGAUUGACUAUUCCAAGGAUGAGUUUUUAGUACUGGCUUGUGACGGUAUAUGGGAUAUUUAUAACAACAAACAGUUAAUUCACUUCAUAAAGUAUCAUCUGGUAUCAGGAACGAAGUUGGAUGCUAUAAUAACAAAAUUGUUGGACCAUGGGAUAGCGCAGGCGAAUAGCAAUACUGGUGUCGGCUUUGAUAAUAUGACUGCCAUCAUUGUGGUGCUAAAUAGGAAAGGUGAAACGUUGCAAGACUGGUUUAAUAAAAUGAAGACCCGUUUGGAAAGAGAAAGGGGUUUGGCGUAA